AUGGACCUCAUUAGUGGGCAGAAUCUAACGUGUGUGCUCUGCCUGCCCGCGACACAUGGAGCUGGUGAGUGGUUUACCGCGAGCAUUUAUGUUUUCCUCUUGGAGGCUUAUUUUUGGCUGAGCGCGAUGCAGUCUGGUUUGUGCUAUUUGUUGGUUAUGCCUCCAGAAGCGAGGAGACGCAGCGGAUAUUGUGCAAGGUUGGAACUCAAAGUUCCAGAACGCGCACAGGCCGUUGUUGGGUGGCGCUUGUGGAAGGAAACGCUGGGGAAAACAAACUGUUUUCUGGCGUGGGUGUGCGUGAACAGGGGUGUAUGGUGUAGAAGCAGGUUUCCCAACGCACGGGGGUAG